CGCCCUCAUGACUACCCUUCAAACCAAGAAGGAUCCAGCCUUCCAGAGUAAGGGUGUCUCUCCCACCCCUAGCAAAAUUCCCGUACGCUGUCGGAGACGUCCACCUUUCUCCACCGACAAACACUGUGCCCAGGACCAGGAAAACCAAGAUCCGAGGAGAUUGGUGCAGAAACUCAGUACUCAGCGUACUCUCCAUGACUCAGCUUACCCCAAGCCCAAAGCCUCACAUCAAACCAAGAAAUCGGAGAGAUUGGUAGGGAGCCCUCAGUUCCGGAACCCCUUGGAAGAGCUUAAGCCCAGCCCUGCACGACAAGAUGUGGGCCCUGGGCCUCCUCUACAAUCAGAGGCUUCAGGGGCCAUUGAGUUUGUAGCUGACCCUGCAGCCCUAGCCACCAUUUUGUCAGGUGAGGGACUGAAGAGUUGUCACUUGGGGCGCCACACUAGCCUGGCUCAGAGAAUCCUGGUCCGAGGGAAACAGAGAGAUGCUAACCGAAGAGGCCAGGGUAUUCGGGCCUCUGCAUAUUUGGCCCCAAGAACCCCCACCCAAAGACUGGAAGGACCAGGACUUCGAAGCCAGACUUUGUGCUCCCAGAGACUAGAGGAACUGAACAAGAUUCCAUCUUCAGGAGCUUCCUUACACCCCUCAACCCGCCCCAGUUUCCAGGAGCUAAGAAGAGAGACAGGUGGCAUCAGCCGGAAUGCAGCAAGCCAGGCAUCAGGAUUGUUCCUGGACUCCCCAGUCCAGCCUGCUCCAUCUCUCCCUAGAAGAGAACAUGAAGUUGUCACUCAUUCAGAUGAAGGAGGAGGGGACCCCCUCACUCAGGCCCAACGAAUCCCAUUAAGAGAAACCCAAGAGAGAACCCACACGAGGGACAGUUGUGACCCCCAUCUGAUGUUUACCCCAAGACGAGUAAUGCCACCCUCUAUCACCCAUCCUUCAUCCUUUGGACGGGCUCAGCGCAUACCUUCACCUAGCCCCUCAGUUCAGACCUCCUAUUCAGUAUUGCGGCGUCUUGCCAUUUAUCCCAAAACCCAGUUCACGCCUCUCCCAUCAACUUACAGAGUCCAGAAGUCCCAGACUAAGAAGCUGCUGAGCAGCCUUUCCCCACAACCUUGUCCGGAAGAGCCUGCUCUGCCCUGGGGACUUCAUCCCGUCUUCAGGAGGGUGGAUCUGCCCCAGCCUGACUUGCUCAUGCAGCCCCUCUCUUCCAUAUGGCAGGAGAAGAUCACAGUACAGUUAUUUAACCAGGAGAGUCAUAAUCUGCUGCAGGAGGGGACGGGGAAACCCUGUGGGGCCUCCCCCAGCAAUGCUUUCAACUUCAAGGAGCUAAAGAUACAGCGCAUCGCUAUCCUGCAACAGCUUUUGCAACAGGAGGUCCAGGGGCUGGCAGAGAGCAAGUGUACUCCCUCUAGUGGAGGUUCCACUUCCCCGGAGGUGUUUGAACUUCAGCCACUACUUGCUGAAAUUGCUAGAAUUCUGGACACCCCAGAGCAUCAUUCUGGAACUUCGCACCUUCCUAGACUGUUAGAUCACACUGAGUCACUAAAGCCCUGCCCUCCAGAGGAUUGUGAGCAAUCACAGCCUGGCCUUCGAACAGAACCUGAGGUUGCUCAGCCCUGUCCUCCAGAAGAGCCAGGCCCCAGGGAGUCUACCGAUUGGAGGGAGCUUGAGCUCAUAGGGCCCUCUGCGCAAGAGCAGCCUGAUGCAGCAGAGCCAGGGCCCUUACAGGCCGAACCAGCACCCCUUCAGGUCUGCACCCAGAGACAGGCUGGUCUCACUGAGCCCUCCUCCGAGGUAGCUUGUGGGGCAUCAGAGACUCACACCCUGGAACCCAGAAUUCCAGAAUCCAACCCACAACCUGGCUGCCAUCAAGGGGCUCCAGUGACAAGCAGUCUGCUCUUUCAAAGCCCACUUGGUGCCAGCUCCCCUAGCUACACAGGCCAGUCUCUGAGGCCUCCCAUGGGCCAGGCAGGUCCCCGAAGACUGGCCCCUAGGGCCCUGGCCCUGAGGCAGCGCCUGCAAGCUUGUCUAAGUGCCAUCCAUGGCUUCCACGAGGCCCGCCUAGACGAUGAGUGUGCCUUCUACACCAGCCGGGCCCCUCUGCCAGGCCCCACCCGGAUCUGUGCCAACCCUGUGGCCACCUUACUAGAAUGGCAGGAUGCGCUGGUGUCAUUUCUGGGAACCAUCUGCAACUGUCAGGCAGCCCAGUAG